CCCAGCGGGCGGGCAGAAAGCGCGCAGUCACGGCUGGUGAAGCGGGGAAAGGCGGUCGCGGGCAGUUGGAAAGCCCGCGAAACGUUUGCUGCUGGCGAAGCUGGGCGAGAGCGCUCAGACUAGCGGAAGAGGCGGUGCCCGUCCUCCGGGUUCCCCCUCCUUUUUAUGCUAGUGCCUACGCGCCACGCUCCUCUUCCGCCCGCCCUUCGUUUCCGCUUUUGUCAGAGAGGUACUCCUGUCCCUGUUGGCCUGUGUCCCGGGUCUCCUCAGACCCGCCUCGUCACUCUAGACGCCCUCCCACAGCUCCCGGUGGCCCUUCGCGGGGUUUCAUUCCACAGCCCCUUUCGCUUGAUUACCCCCGCGAAUGGCGGGGAGUGUCGGAACUUUCGCAGUGCGCGUGCGUGCUGGCGCUCCGAUCCUUCUGGACUACUACUCCUCCCAGGGGGCGCCGCGGCCAUGAUCAGCUGACCUGUCCCAUGACCUACAGUGAGUCAGGCCUCGUGGGCGGGGCCGCGAGGCCGCUCAGCUUGCCCUUGCUCCUAAUCCCCCCGCGGGCCCCUCAACCUGGAGUGGCGACAUUCUUGGCUCUUUUCCGGUAUUGGGCUCUUCUCUAUUCGGAUCAUAUCCCAGGAAUGUCCUAACAGGACCCGCUGGGGAAACUUCACCCCAAGCCUGGAAUUGUGAUCCAAGAACUGGAAGUUGACAGCUUGGCUGCCUCGCUGCCGGAUCUGCCUCUUUCUUUCGCCGUCUCAUUUCCCCAGGAUUGUCAGGGGCUUGCCCGGAGGAGCGCUGACUGUCCUGUGCCGCUGCUGACCUCCGGCAGAGCGGAGCCAAAAUGUCCCCGGAAUCCAAAAAGCUUUUUAACAUUAUUAUUUUAGGAGUUGCCUUUAUGUUUAUGUUCACCGCCUUUCAAACUUGUGAAAAUGUGGCGCAAACUGUCAUCAGGAGCUUAAAUAGCACAGAUUUUCACGGCAGUGGAUAUACCAGCAUGGCAAUUAUUUAUGGAGUGUUCUCUGCUUCAAAUUUGAUUACGCCAUCUGUGGUUGCCAUUGUGGGCCCUCAGCUCUCUAUGUUUGCCAGUGGUUUAUUUUACAGCAUGUACAUUGCCGUUUUUAUCCAGCCCUUCACCUGGUCUUUCUACACGGCGUCUGUUUUCCUUGGAAUUGCAGCUGCCGUGCUUUGGACAGCACAAGGAAACUGCCUGACAAUAAAUUCAGAUGAGCACACUAUUGGGAGAAACAGUGGAAUUUUCUGGGCACUCUUACAAUCUAGCUUGUUCUUCGGAAAUCUCUACAUAUAUUUUGCCUGGCAAGGGAAAACCCAAAUAUCAGAGAGUGACCGAAGAACAGUGUUUAUUGCCCUAACAGUGAUUAGCCUUGUGGGGACAGUUCUGUUUUUUCUCAUUCGGAAACCAGAUCCUGAAAAUGUCCUUGGAGAAGAUGAAUCGUCUGAUGACCAGGACCUGGAAGUCAGCGAGUCUGCCCAGAACAAUAUGACAAAGGCAGUGGAUGCAUUUAAAAGGUCUCUUAAGCUCUGUGUCACCAAGGAGAUGCUCCUUCUUAGUAUCACAACUGCUUAUACAGGUCUGGGGUUGACUUUCUUCUUUGGAGUAUAUGGAACCUGUAUUGGUGCCAUAAAUAAAUUUGGAACAGAAGAGAAAAGCCUCAUUGGACUUUCUGGCAUUUUCAUCGGCAUUGGAGAAAUUCUAGGUGGAAGCCUUUUUGGCCUGCUGAGCAAGAAUAAUCGUUUUGGUAGAAAUCCUGUUGUGCUGUUGGGUAUUCUGGUGCACUUUGUGGCUUUUUAUUUAAUAUUUCUCAACAUGCCUGGAGACGCCCCCAUUACCCCCGUGGAGGGAACUGACAGCAGCGCUUACAUCAGGCCCAGCAAAGAAGUUGCCAUUCUCUGCAGUUUUUUGUUGGGGUUGGGAGACAGCUGCUUUAAUACCCAGCUGCUUAGCAUCCUGGGCUUUCUCUAUUCUGAAGACAGUGCUCCAGCCUUUGCCAUCUUUAAGUUUGUCCAGUCUAUCUGCGCGGCCGUGGCGUUUUUCUACAGCAACUACCUGCUCCUUCACUGGCAGCUCCUGGUCAUGGUGAUAUUUGGAUUUUUUGGAACGAUUUCAUUCUUCACUGUGGAGUGGGACGCCGUUGCCAUAGUGGCCCGGGGCUCUGAUUACCGGAGCAUUUGACGCGCGGGGCUGUGGCUUCCGGAGCAGAACAGCCGCUGGCCUGGCCGAGGUGCCUGAUGGAGGAAGCCGCCUUGCAUCUCCUCAGCCCAUUGGUAGAGGUCGGGUGUGGAAAAUCAAGGAACUAAGGCUUAAGUCAGCCGGAGUGGGAAUUAAAGUUUACGGAUACUUAAAACAAGUGCGAUAAGGGAAGUCUAUUGUGUCAGUCAUAACUGUUCAAAGAUGAUUUUCGGUUGUGUCAAGUUCCCUCGAAUCCUGCUCGCGAAUGGAAACCCCCACCCCCGAGAUCCAGGCCGUGUGACAUGGAGAGACUCUUGCUGGGCGCAGAUU